AUGAUGCACUUUAUGUUGCUGUUCAGCCGGCAGGGCAAGCUGCGCCUGCAGAAGUGGUACAUGGCCCACCAGGACAAGACGAAGAAGAAGAUCACCCGCGACCUCAUCAACGUCAUCCUCACUCGCAAGCCAAAGCACUGCUCCUUCGUGGAGUGGCAGGACAUGAAAAUUGUCUACAAACGGUACGCCAGUCUGUACUUCUGCUGCGCCAUCGAGCAGUCGGACAAUGAGCUGCUCUGUCUGGAGCUAAUUCACCGCUACGUCGAACUACUGGACAAGUACUUUGGCAGCGUUUGCGAACUGGACAUUAUCUUCAACUUUGAGAAGGCGUACUUCAUUCUCGAUGAGCUCAUUGUCGGCGGCUUCAUUCAGGAGACAAGCAAGAAGAACGUUUUGAAAGCGAUCUCCGCCCAAGACAUGGUACAGGAGGAGGAAACCCCACAAGGAUUUUUCGAAGACCACGGCCUGGGCUAG